AUGCCCCUGUGGAUCUGCCAAAGCUGUAGGCAGAGUGUAGAAGAGGAAGAAAGAAGAGCAGUCCAGGAACAGGCUCUGGCGGUCUCACUGUCACAUACAGCCUGUAAGUCACAAUCCUGCGGGGCAGGCUCCCACUCCUCUUCGUCUUCAUCAUCAUCAUCCUCGUGCCACGGGAACUCGGGAGACUGGGACCCUAGCUCCUUCCUGUCCGCGCACAAACUCUCGGGACUCUGGAACUCCCAGCAUGCAAAUGGGGCAGCUCAAGGGAGCUCCCUUGGGGGAACACCUGUUGUACCAGGUGACAAGCACCCCGGCCUUCCUCCGGAGUGUGUCAACCAGGCCCCUGCUGUAGGAGGUGGGCUCAAAGCCUGUCCUUACAGCCACGCGCUCACCCCAGCUCCCAGCGGCACCCCAGACUCUCCUCUGCCUACCUCACUCGACUUCUGCAAAACGCUUCCCAAGCAGUUCAAGAGCAUGUGUCGGAGACCCACCCCGCCAGGAGAGGCCUUCCACUCCUCGGAGCACCACCGGCAUGUGGACCUCACUGCUCCACCCAACAGCCCCACAGGCCUCCCCUCACAGCCACCGGCACUCCUUCCUGCAAAGCAGAUGCCUGCCCACACUGGGCCCUACAGCUCGCCUCCUCAUGUUCACUUGAGCUCUUCACCGCAGGCGGCCCCAUUUCCUACACCAGCCCUUAGUCCACAUUCACCGGCCCCUAAACCAGGAGCAGAGUCCCCUCCUACUGGAUCUUGUAAGAGCCCACACUUACCCACUGCCAAUGUGCCACUCCUGAAGAUUCCACCUCCUGUAGGCUGCACCCAUCCCUGCAACGGGCACUGCAGUGGCUCCUUGGGUCCUCCUACCGCACCUCAUCAGCUACCUAGCACCAACAGGGACCCUGCCUGCAAGGGUCAUAAGUUCCCAAACGGUACAAGCUGUCAUGCACCACAGUCCUGUGAGGCAGACGAGGGUCUUGGGGAGGAUGAGGACAGCAGCUCUGAGCGUAGCUCCUGCACCUCAUCCUCCACUACCCAGAAAGAUGGGAAAUUCUGUGACUGCUGCUACUGUGAGUUCUUUGGCCACAACGCGCCUCCAGCUGCUCCAACCAGUCGGAACUAUGCUGAGAUCCGGGAAAAGCUGCGCUCCAGGCUGACCAAGAGGAAAGAGGAACUUCCUCAAAAGCUGGGGCAUAGCAGUAGCUCGGGAGAACCAGCUGUAGACCACCGGGACGUAGAUGAGCUGCUGGAUUACAUUAACAGCACUGAGCCAAAGCCUCUGAACAGUGCUAAGGCUGCCAAGCGUGCGCGCCACAAGCAGAAGAAGAAGGAGAAGGAAAAGGCCCAGCUAGAGGCUGAGGCUCAGAAGCGUGUGGAUCGAAGCCCGCCUACAGGUCAAGAUCAGGAGCUGCCUGAAGAAAAGCUCCUGGAGUGGCCCCAGCUAGAACUAGAGCGAGUGAACAGCUUUCUGAGCAGCCGACUACAGGAGAUCAAGAACACAAUCAAAGAUUCCAUCCGCGCCAGCUUCAGCGUCUACGAUCUCAACUUAGAUGUGAAUGACUUCCCCAAAAAGGCUGCCGUGCUGGAACAGAAGAACCUUCUCUCCCACCUCAACGGCUCCUCUGAGCUGCAAGAGAUUGACCUUGACCUGUCUCCACUUAGUCUGAAUGCGCCACAUAAUCAUUCGUUACUGAGAAAUGAGGUGGGUCCUCGAUGGGCUGAAAGCCCUGGAGAGGUCGUACCGCCGCCGGCCUCCGAAAACGGCGUGGUGAAAAGGCUGAACGCUGUGCCCAAUCUCUCUCGCAUGAUCUGGGUACAGUCGCCCAAGCCAACAGACUCUCCCCAAGAGAUUGGAGCUAACCAUGAAUCCAAGGAGGCGGCGCUGGGCAGGGGAAUGGAAGUGCUAGAACAAGCGCCCAUCACUGGAAAGCAGAGGAAGGGUAAGCGGCAGGGCUGCCCAGCAAAGAAGGGGGAAGCUUUCUCUUCCAAUGAGAUCAAGGGGAUGGUGCAGAAGAAUCCCUCCAAGGGCAACCUUUCUGAAGCCCCAAGAGGCAGCAGCAAUGCAGAGCAAGGCGAUGGUACCCGAGGGCUGCGACAGAGCCAGGGAUGGAGUUGCAGUGGCUCUAAGGCAGACAAAGAGAAGAGCAUUGAGGGGAAGAACCGGAGAGGUGAAGGCAGAGCUGAUCAGACUGAGCAAGAGCCUGCUCUGUUUGGGCCUGGGGACCGGCAUCCCCCCCACAUAGCCAUCCCAGACGAUUUGCCUCAACCCAAGGGCAAAGGCAAGAAGAGUAGGAACAAAAUGGAGAAAACGAGCCCUUCCAUUGAUGAUGUGUUCCUGCCCAAAGACUUGGAUAGUGUGGAGAUGGAUGAGACUGACAGAGAAGUGGAAUACUUCAAGCGGUUUUGCCUGGACUCAGCCAAGCAGACCCGACAAAAAGUGGCUGUGAACUGGACCAAUUUCACCCUGAAGAAAACCACUUCGAGUGCAGCUCAGUGAGGUGUGCGGUGCAGCCCUGGUAUAUCUGCAGGGCCCCACACCUCGCCUUCCCUCUCCCCAAACCCAUAGACAGACACUUGACCUCACUGACCCUUGGCCCUCCCCU